CAACGCGACGCGGUUCGCAUGAAACGUCAUUGCUGAGGGCCAGAUGCAGCCUCGCCAUCCACCCGCCUGAAUCUGACAACGCUGCGAAUGCUGGAUCUGCCAGUGCCCGCAUUUCGCUUGCGAUCAUGCCCGCCUUCCAGGCCAUCAACCUCGAGCCAGAGGAAAACAUCGACGAGCAGAUCGACACCACCAAAGAGCUCCAUGUCGAUGAAGCCCUCAAGCGAUUUCAGAAUGCGCUGAAGCUCCACGCCCAAGGCUUGCGGUCCCGCGAAGCCGCCAGUGCUGCCUACGACGAGCUUUUCGAGUCGGAGAUAUUCAAAUACCGAGAAGCGAAAACCGACUACGAGAGAGCAGAGCUACAGGCGAAUGGGCAGGCGUCAACUUCAGCUCUCGAAGCAUUUGCGGACGGACUCGAUGUGGCCGCAGGCGGUGCUGACGGAGUGGCUGCCAGCCUGGCUCUUGCGCUUUACCUCUCCUAUAAAAAUCAUGGGCAAUUCUACUUGGAUAAGCUGAAAGACAAACAAGCGGCAAGCCCCGAGUGGAGUAACAGACUCCAGAUAUACUAUCGCAACGAUGAGGGGAAGAAAGUUCUUGACAGUUGGACUGCGGCACUGGAUCAAGAUCCUUCAGAUCCAGAACUAUGGAGAAAGGUGGCAAGGUUUGCCGGCUCAUUGAACAGCGGAAGAAUCAAGCGAUAUUGCCUAGAGGCUGCAAUAGAGCUAGAUGACGAUCCAGCUGUCAUGGAAGUUGAGCCCCCUUCCAUCGCAGAGAGUUUGGCUGGGGAGCAACUCAAGACCUACUUGAAUCUUCUCGGCGACGAAAUGGCACUGUCACACCCUGCUAUGGGGCCCUGGCUAAAGAAGAAACUGCCAGCGCUUUUGCAACAACAUGUUGACCCGAUACCAUUCUUACCAGACCCAACUUCGACACUCCUAGUACCAGCAGAACUGCAAAGGAGCGGCAAACUUCUACUUACCGACAGCGCCGAUGAGACUGCUUCAGUGUCAAGCGACUUGCAGACCUCAGAAAAGCCCGUUGAAUCAUGGGCUGACCUUGGAUUUGAACUCAUGAAGUGUGCUGAAAAUACAAAGGGCGCUUUGGAGAUCUGCAGGUUGAUCUUGGAAACAGCCAAACAGGAUACGGAUAUGGAAGAAUCGCGAGAGGGAGCCGCCGACGAACCCGAGAACGGCGCCUCUCCCGAUGAGAAAAAAGCUACUUGUGAGAAUGAUGACAAAGGGAAGACGUCUGCAACACCGCCAGAUUCGAAAGAGAGUCAAUUGUCUGAGGCCGCUGAUGACACCGCAAAAGGCGAUGCGGCUCAAAAGGAGUCGAGUGCAACGCAGGCGGCCAGGAAGCGAUCACAGUCUGCUGCAGGGCUACCAGAUGGUGCGGAUGAAGAGAAUGUGACUGAAAAAAGAAGCAAGAGAGUCCGCAGGAGAGCAGAAACAGCCCAGGCUGCUGAAGAAGCCCCUGAUCCGAAUACGCUGAUAGCGAAUCAGCUACGCCCCUUUCAAGAGGCUGAUCAACACCUUUUCACCAUGGCAAAAAACAUGCUCGAGGAGAUUGGUGUGGAGGACAAAGAAACUUAUGAAUAUUUAGACGAGAUUCUGAACCUAUGUGCCGCAGAAGACCGUUUGUCGUCUAAAUGCACCCGUGUUGGGGCCAAGGACUUGCGCACUCUAAUAACCGAUUUCAAGGAAGAUGUUGCAAUGGUGUUCCUUAAUAAAAAGGAGCAAGCAACUUUGGGACUUUCUUCUUUUUUAGAACAUGCCAAAACUGGAUCUCAAGACCAGGCCGUAAAUGUUCCUUUCAAUGAAGCCAAGGGCUUAAGAGAUUUCGCCCAAAAGGUGGAAGAGAGACACGAGCGGAUGACGAGUCACGAUAUUGUUUUUGAAUGGAUGAAAGCAAUAAGCUCCAGUUACGCCUCCUUCAAAUGGUCGGAUGGUAUGAAAACUUCGGUGGUUCAGAUGCUGAAUGCGGCCGACUCUUCUCUAUACAGGCGCGUUUCGGAGGAGCUCAGUGGAAAUCCCUCCCCCGAAGCUCUUGCCGACUUGGAAUCCCUAAUUUCCAUGAUAUUUGAGCUGUACAUCGAUAUUUACGAGCGAAUCACCAACCCUAGCAGCGCUGUUGAUUAUGCAACUCGUAUGGAGACCAAAUACCGGCUCCAGCGAUGGCUGGAUAUAGCAUCGUCUUAUGUGGGCUUGAUGAACCGGCCUGCUGCGGAUCCUCUAUGUGUCAGAUUUUUAUGGGCAUCCGUCAUGGUGUCAUCGCUCUCUGACAAACCGGUUCGAGAGCAUAUUCUCCUGCUGUGGACGUCUCUUCGUGAUUUCCUAGCAGAAGAGGAAGUGGACACGCUGACGCUACCAAACAAUGUAGUUAUGCCGACGAUUUCUCCCGCAGCCGCAGAUCGGGAGAUAUCCAAGCUUACUACAAUGGAUUUCUUCCUCAGCCUCUUCCAGGAAGGGAUGGAAAGCCCUGUCCACGUUAUUGAAACGUUAGAGCCUGUUCUCAACCCGUCAUCUGUCUGUGUAUCUUCAGAGGACCAUGAUGUGACAGAUGCCGAUGCUUCUCCGUUGCCCGACGCAGAACAAGAAAAAGGCACGCAACGCAUAUCAGACUGCGCUACUCAAGGCAUGCGUGACCUUUGGAAAUUUCUGCGCAGUAGUAGCACGGAGCUAAGAUUGUUUCUUUGGUCACGACUUGGCGACGCCUACGAAGCCAUAAAAUACACAACCAAGCGGUUUUCGUGUCACCUCAGGAGUAUUGAGCUUAUUGUGGCAGACUUGGAGAGCGAGAAGUAUGCUAAGCUGCCGGAUGAAUCUCGUCUACUUCUGUACAUGAGGACUUUGAAGUCUCUUGACGAGUUACUAAUUCAAGCGUUAACAUUGGCCUUGAACGACAGUUCUGCAUUUGAUAUUAUUGACGAUGAUCAUCUCAGGUCAAGUUGUAGUGCUAUCGCAAAGGUGAAUUCCAUCUUACAUGUCGCAUUCUUGUGUGAGGAUGAGAUAAAGAUUGGAGUCAAAACAGCGCCGUCUUCAAAUUCCACUUUCCAGUCUCUCAUCACCAAGCUACGAGAAAUGCAAGUACGCACUUGGUGUCUUCAAUUUACCAUGUUCAGGGCAGGUUUGCCUCUACAGAAUCCCAUUGCUCCGGAGAAGGACCUGGCAGACUUUCUUGCCGCCAUUCAUCAAGUUAUUGGUCUCCGAAAAUGCUGCAAAGCGUCUAACAAGAUCUUCCUCAAAGUCAUGCGCAUGGAGCUUCUCCAGAAUAAAAAUAUUGAGAAUUGGGAAGAUUAUCUGGGGCAAGUGGUUUAUGAUCUUUACGGACUCAAGCUUGGAGUGGGAGUGUGGGAAGUUCAAGACCAUGGCUGUCCCCAUGAGAAGCUCGAGAAGCGUCAGACGAUGCAGCUCGUGGAAAAGGUAAUGAUUCUGGCAAACCGUAUGCCGAUGAAGGACCUUUUGAAAUCGGACCUCAAGGCCGCGAUUGAACAUAUGCAACAGACCAUCGGACAGCCAAAAUCUACGCCGCAAAUGAUCCAUAACCUGCGCAACUUCACCGAACUUGUGAAGAAACCCAUCCAUCCCCUUCGACUCUAUCAAGCGUUGGUUGGAGAGGUGUCGGUGGAUGCAGUAUCAACAAACACACCAGAAGCUGCGCUGGCCAAGCACGGCUGGUUUUUCUUACUUGGGAUGAUAGCAUUGACCAAGUUCAAAGCUGUAGACCUAAAUCGACGACAGACACCAGGCGCAACAGACGAUCUUCGUAUUGGAGCGACUUUCCUAAGGCUGCAGCUGCAGUUUAGCUCCGAUAGCUGGGAAUCGUGGUUCCGACUAGCUGAAUGUUUUGACUACGAUCUAGACGAAGCUGUGCUAUGGACGGCCGAUAAGAUGAACAAAGAUCGGGCGGAACUGGUUAAGUUCCAGCGAAAUGCUAUCCACUGUUAUACGCUUGCUUUGUCUCAUUCUAGGUAUCAAGACAUAGAGGGUAAAGAUGAAGACCCCUUACAUGACCUAUAUCAUAAGUUCGGAAUGCGGUUGUAUGCUUCUAGUCGAGAGCCGUUUGCUAUGGAGCCAUUUCAGCAUUCCGAUCAGGAACGAUUCUUUAUUCAGAACAUGGGAGCUGGGACGUUCAAAAGGAUAUUACAUGAACAAAUGACAGAGUACAAGGUGUGGAAGUUUGCUGCCAAGAUGUUCAGAAUGGCUAUGGAACGCAGGCCCGGCAACUGGAAGAACCCCUAUAUGCUGGCCAAGUGCUAUUGGAAGAUGUAUCAGACGCCAGAAGAACAACUCGAUAGCAAAGAUUUGCACAGCAGAGUCGAGAUGACGACGCUGCUCAAGGCGCUGAAGGACGCGGUAAACGUGGCUUACAACGCGAGGAAAUCUCGAAGCAGUGACCCAAUCCUAGAGCCGCAUUAUAAGAUUGUGUCGAUUGUACACAAACUCGUAAUGCGAGGCGAUCUACCCGCCAAGGAAGCUGCCGAAUUGCUAUCAGAACAGCCGUUUGGCGUGCAGUUCAAAGCGGAUGAUAUCUUUGCUUCGUUUACAGAGCCCGAAGAUUGGGAAGAAUACAUUAUCCCAAGCCUUGUGAAGCUCAAGGAGAAGGAUAAGUCUAAUUGGCAACACCGCAUUGUGGCGCGCCAUGCCAGAAUACUGUUUGACGAGGCUAGCAUGGAGCAAGUUAGUGACAUCAAAGUGGCAGCUCGGGCAGCUUUUGCAAUCUUGAAAGAAAACAUGUUCACCAAGACAAUGGUGAUGAAUGUGUGGAAAUGCGAUGCUGAGCGUCCAGGCCGUCACCACGUUUUCACUGAACAAUACGUACGAUUUAUGACAAAACUGCUCGUGGUCAUGUCAGAUAAGACAAAUCUGGAGCAACUGCUUCGCCGUCUACGGAAAAAAGGAGCAGAUUUCUAUCACUUUGUUGACCUAUGGCAGUCUUGCUGUAACGCGUAUCUCAAGCUUCUCAGAGAGGCACACAACAUUCCACAUCUUACAGACGACACAUUUAAGGCUCUCUCUACCGAAGAAUUCGAGAUUUUCAGUGAAAGAAUCACGGAGUGGGCUGCUCGCGACGAGGCGAAUGUGCCAGCGUUCAACUGCAUGAAAGAGGCCAUUGAACUAAAGAAACUCAACGCCAAUCUGAUGAAGGCUGCUGGAAUCGACGAUUUAAUCAACGAUUGUUACUCUAAGAUUUACGUAGAUGUGGCUGGCACAUUACCGGGCCAAGAGCCAAGUAAAAUUAUCGAGGAACGCAACCAGGCGAAGGAGCUUGCGGCCAAGCUUGAAGCUGAGGCUGCUGCCCAAGCGGAUGCCAACAAGCAAACCAGCUCUCUCAGCAACAUACUCAAUCCCCCAAGCACUCAUGAGAGCCUUGCCGGCACUGCAACGCCGCUGGAAGGAGAAAAAUCCGAAGCAGCGCCACGAACUCGCAGGGUUGGAGUUCGAAGGCCAGACGUUCUUCGCAAGGCGGAGCAAGCUGUUGCCCGCUCCAUGGAAGCUCCAAAGUCAGCUCACCCUAGGAGCCGAGUGGGUAGCAUGUCAAGCGGCAAACGUGGAAGCCAGACGCCGAAUGUUGGUGCUAGUGACGCCGACAGCGACGAAGAAGGGCCAGAAACGCAAAUCAGAAGAGAGGAGGCAGGGGAAGAUACUGACAUGCCCGACACUCACUACGAGGAGGAUGGCCAUGAUGGUGAUGGUCACGAUGACUCCAAGAUUGAGGAGGACAAGGAAGAGCUUGAGAGCGAUGAGGCGCCAAGUCUCGUCGAUUCUGCUGAUGAGAGCGACCUUAGCGACGUUCCAGACGAUUAUGAAGAAGACGUCCCGCCAAGUUUGAUGUUCCCACACCUAGGCCGAACUAUCCAAAGCGGCGAAACUAGUGGAGAAGAUGCUGAUAGCGAGAGCGAAGGCGAUGAGGAAGAGGAUGAAGAUGAAGAAGAGCAUGGCGAUGAUGAAGCCGAAGAGGCUGAAGAGGCUGAAGAGGGCGAAGAAGAACACGAGGGCGAUGACAGCAAAGAUAUCCACGACGAUGGCGGAGAGGAAGAGGAAGAAGGGGAUGAAGAAGAGGAAGAAGAAGAACAUGACGAUGACACCGAGAUGGCGGAGCCGCAUACUCCGCAGCGGAAUGAGGACGAAUCUGUAGAUAUGGGAACGUAAGCAGGAUUGAUUUUGUUAGGGGGAAAAGAGCUCGGUAUAUACAUAUGCUUUUGGGAAAGAAGAGAAAGUGGUUACCUGUUCUACUGGAUUUUAUUAGUUAUUGUAAGGGCUUUUCUACGGUAGAGCUUUCUAAAGAAGGAAAAGUGCCUUUAUUUGCUAUUUGGAUUGGGCUAGCGGAAGGUGGGCGUGGUUUAGGAUGCGUAUGUUUUGAUUUAGAUAUGUUAUUCUUUUUGGGCGUAGGGGUCAAGAAUAUCAUACAUUGUCUUUCAAAUAGCUUCACUUUAAUUGUAUGGUGCU